AUGAUAGUAGGACGUAGCGAAUGGUCGACAGAAGAAGCGUCAGGUACAACUUCUACAACAAGUAAUUGUAUUCAGUGUAGAUGUAGUACUUGCUCAUUAAUCUAUCUCCAGGUACAAGCACAACUACGACCACAACAACAACUUCAACGACAACCACUACAGAAACUACGACAACUUCAACAACAACAAGCACCACGAUCAGUACAACAACAACAACUAGCACAAGUAAACAAUAGUAGAACAUAG